UUAUAAUUUUACUUAAUUUAUCAUGGCUGUUCUCGUAUAAUAUAAUUCCUUGUAAACCACUAAACGAUUUUGUCUCUAAUCGAUUUAGUCACCUUUUCUUGGAAACAAAAUUCUUAUUUUCUAUUGAGAAUAAGAAAACGAAAUAGGUUAUCUUUACUUAAUUUUCGUUUCUGAGUUCUCAAAAAUUAAAAAUUAACUUUACAUAGCCCCAUAUAAGUUUUAAAUAUCUACUUAUAUUAGGUACUUUGUAAUGUUACAUUUUUUUAAUAUUUUUAGGAUAUGCCAUUUACAGCUGAAGGUAUAACACCAGAUUUAAUUAUAAAUCCUCAUGCUAUACCAUCACGUAUGACAAUUGGACAUUUAAUUGAAUGUUUACAAAGUAAAGUAGCAGCAAAUAAAGGUGAAAUAGGUGAUGCAACACCAUUUAAUGAUAAUGUUAAUGUUAAACAUAUGUCAGAAAUGUUACAUGAAUAUGGUUAUCAUUUACGUGGUAAUGAAGUUAUGUAUAAUGGUAUGAGUGGAAGAAAACUUAAUUGUCAAAUAUUUUUGGGACCAACUUAUUAUCAACGUCUUAAACAUAUGGUUGAUGAUAAAAUACAUUCACGUGCUCGUGGUCCUGUACAAAUUCUUAAUCGACAACCAAUGGAAGGUCGAUCACGUGAUGGUGGUCUACGUUUUGGUGAGAUGGAACGUGAUUGUCAAAUAUCACAUGGUGCAGCACAAUUUCUUAAAGAACGUCUUUUUGAAGUAUCCGAUCCAUAUCGAGUACAUGUUUGUAAUAUUUGUGGUCUUUUGGCUGUUGCAAAUUUAGCUGAAAAAACAUAUAGUUGUAAAGGAUGUACAAAUACAACACAAAUAUCACAAGUGCGUUUACCAUAUGCAUGUAAACUUCUAUUUCAAGAACUUAUGGCCAUGAAUAUUGCACCUCGAAUGAUGGUUGAUUAA